CAAUUUCCCUCUCUGAAUCCCAUUCCCUCUCUGUUCAACAAUGCCGGAUUCACCAUCAGAUAGAGAGAGAAGAACAUCUCUCCCGAACUUCCUUUUAUCGGUGAAACUCAAAUAUGUGAAGCUAGGUUACCAUUACUUGAUCUCACAUUUCAUGUACCUUCUCUUAAUCCCACUCCUCGCAGUCGUCUCUGUUCAUCUAUCAACCCUUACAUCACAAGAUCUGGUCCAUCUAUGGCACCAACUCCGGUUCAAUUUAGUCACCGUCAUUGUUUGCUCCACUCUAAUCGUCUUCUUAGCCACACUCUACUUCAUGAGCCGCCCGAAGAAGGUUUACUUGCUCGAUUUCGCUUGUUACAAACCCGAAGACGCCCACAUCGUCAGUCGUGAAACAUUCAUGGAACGUUCGGCUCUCGCCGGCACGUUUAGCGAAGAGAAUCUGGCUUUCCAGAAGAAGAUUCUGGAACGCUCUGGUUUAGGUCAGAAUACUUAUUUCCCUGAGGCGGUGCUUCAGGUUCCACCCAACCCGAGCAUGGCGGAGGCUCGGAAGGAGGCGGAGAUGGUGAUGUUUGGUGCGAUCGAUGAGCUAUUGGCCAAAACAGGGGUGAAGGCUAAGGAUAUUGGGAUACUGAUAGUCAACUGUAGCUUGUUUUGCCCAACACCUUCGCUUAGUUCCAUGGUGGUGAACCGUUACAAGCUCAGAGGGAAUGUUUUGAGCUAUAAUCUGGGUGGGAUGGGUUGCAGUGCUGGAUUGAUUUCAAUUGAUCUUGCCAAACAGCUUUUACAGGUGAAUCCUAAUUCCUAUGCUUUGGUGGUUAGCAUGGAAAAUAUAACAUUGAAUUGGUACUUUGGGAACAAUCGGUCUAUGCUUGUGUCAAAUUGUCUUUUCCGAAUGGGCGGGGCUGCCAUUCUCUUGUCUAAUCGGUCUUCGGAUCGUAGCCGUUCAAAAUACCAACUCCUCCACACUGUUCGGACCCAUAAGGGUGCGGAUGACAGAUGUUACAGCUGUGUUUUCCAAGAAGAGGAUGAUGAGAAAAAGAUAGGUGUGGCUCUCUCAAAAGAUUUGAUGGCGGUUGCUGGUGAGGCCUUGAAAACCAACAUCACUACACUUGGCCCGAUAGUGCUUCCCAUGUCUGAACAACUCUUGUUCUUUGUCACGCUGGUUGGAAGAAAAGUCUUCAAAAUGAAAAUCAAACCCUACAUCCCUGAUUUUAAGCUUGCGUUUGAGCAUUUUUGCAUUCACGCCGGUGGAAGAGCAGUUCUUGAUGAAUUAGAAAAGAAUCUUGAAUUAUCAGAUUGGCACAUGGAACCUUCUAGGAUGACUCUUUACAGGUUUGGGAAUACUUCUAGUAGCUCUUUGUGGUAUGAAUUGGCAUAUUGUGAAGCUAAGGGUAGGAUACAGAAGGGAGAUCGAUCAUGGCAAAUUGCUUUUGGCUCGGGUUUCAAGUGUAAUAGCGCAGUUUGGAGAGCUCUAAGGACUAUUGAUCCUGCAAAGGAGAAGAAUCCAUGGAUCAACGAGAUCCACGAAUUCCCAGUUCAUGUGCCAAGGAUUACGAAGAUUGGUUCUUAAUCAGUGCUCCGCUUGUUCUUCAUUUUUAAUUGUUACUAUGUACUAUAAAAGUCGUAAAGGCAAAAAGCCUUUGGCCUUUCCUUGUAAUGCAUGUGAGUGUAAAAUUAGAUAUUUAACCU